AUGUCUGUGCAGCAAUUAUUUGAUUCUCUUUAUACGUCAAAGCUGCAUGACAGCGGUAAUGAGUAUACAGAGAAGGACUAUAAUCGCUUCAUUUCGCAAAUAAGCACGGCAUAUAAACACGGAGUUCUCGAUUUUUCGUGCCAGCAAAUCGGAAUGAGUGUUUUAACAAAACUAACAAAAGUUUUGCGUACAGCACCUCAUAUCAGAAAGUUUAAUUUCUAUGGAAAUAACAUAACUGAUCAUGGGUUACACUCGUUAUUUCAAUUACUUCAAGUAAAUCCGAGAAUUACAGUAAUUAAUAUUGGUUGUAACGACAUGUCAAAUCAAGGCAUUCCAAGUUUACAAGAUAUUAUAUUAAAAACAAAAAUAACGAGUUUACAAUUAGGAAUAGUUGGACAAGCAUGGCAUGUAAACAACUUUUCAACAGCUGCAUGUGCUGAUCUACUUCUUUCUAUUCAUGAAAGUAACAGAAUCGAAUGCUUAGGAUUAUCAGGAAUUCAAUUAAGCGUCAGGCAAGGUGCUAGAAGAAUAAGCAUCGCGUCAUACUUUGCAGGAUUCAUAGCUCAAUACCCUAUUCUGAAAUCAAUAUCACUUGCCGAUUGCGGAUUUACUCCUCAAGAUGCAGAUAUUGUUUUUAUGGAAGGGCUUGCAAAAAAUCCUCGUCUGGUAUAUAUACAAUGCAGUAAUAACAUACUAAUUGAUCCUGUUGGCACUAGAUUUUGCGAAAAAAUUCAAGAUAUUACUGAUUUGCGCAGAAUUCAACUCAGCUACUGUAAUCUAAGCGACGAAGCUGGAAAGGCUUUAGCCAGGUCCCUGAAAAACUCAAAACUUAUAUCUUUAGAUAUAAGUCAUAAUAAUAUCGCAACAGAAGGCUUUACAGCUAUUUUAGAUGCAUUGAAAGACAACAUAUAUCUUACAGAAUUAUAUGCUUCAUAUAAUAACUUUGACGAUGGAUGUUCUCAAUCUUUACUAAAUUUAGUGAAUGAAAACGCAGUACUAUCAGUUUUAGACAUUAGUCGCAGUGCUAUUGGUGAUCCAGGCGCUUUUGCAAUUGCUAGAUUUCUUGCUAAAAAUGAAAGUUUAAUUUCAUUAGAUCUCUCAACAUGCAAAAUCUCAGGCGAAGGAGCCAUUGCUAUUGCAGAGACUGUUGCUUUUAAUAAGAAUCUGAUGUAUUUAAACUUGGCCGAUAACUUUUUGACAAGGGAAGAAGGAUAUGAGUUAAUAAGUAUCUUCAAAGUCAAUGAAAUUCUCAGAGAGAUCAAUCUUACUUCCACACAAAUUGACCACUUCGUUAUACAGGCUGCUUUCGAUAUUUGUAAACGAAAUAAGCAGAUUCAAUACGAACAAGACUUGCAGCCACUCAAACGUGAAAUGAUUCAACUGUCUAUACAGAGGACAAAAAUGCCGGAGGCAAGGGCCAGACUUUACGAUCUCAAAAAAGAAUUUGAAAAUACAACAGGAGAAAUCAUGAAAACGGAUUUCUCAAUGUCCGAGUUUGUAAGAAAAGCCAAUAAAGAAAUUGAUGAUAUCAAGAGACAAAUAAGUGGUUUAGAAUCUAAUAUUAUUCAAAAUCAGAAAGAAAUGGAACAAAUGAGAUCUGAUUUUGAGAAAAGUUCACAUGAUUCAGUUGUUCUUUAUGAAGGAACUGUUGAAAAAACAAAAAUUCUUGAAAGUACCAUUGAAAGUGUUACAACACAGAUUUCUAUUGAAGGAGAAACUCUUUCAGCAGAACAACAAAAAUUUAAAGAAGAAAAAGAAAACCUUUUGAAAGAAAUUGAAGAAAAUAAAAAACAAACUGAAGAAAUUUUGGCACUUUUGCAAAAUGAAGAGCAAUUAAUGAAUUAUGUACCACCUGAAUGGUAUGUAGAUACAUCUGUAUUUGUUACUGAAGAAACUCGUAGUUCAGCUGAAAAGAAGAAAUCAACAACAAGAUCUAGAUCAUCAAAGAAGUCAAACAAGUCUAAAUCUUCAACAAAAACUAAGAAGGGAACUGCUAGAAAGUAA